AUGAUAUUGAAAGCGUUAACAGUAGUAUUCCUGGUGUUGGAGUUAGUUAACGCAAGACCAUCAAACGUGAAAGAUAGUAUACAACAUGUAUCAAGGCAAUCCAGGCAAUCCGACUACAGAGAUACUAACAACGUUAAUUAUUACGGCAAUCAGAAGUAUGAAGAUGCAAGAAAUGCUCGUAUAACUAGAUAUGAUUAUGAUAAUAAUGGAUAUGGGAGCUACAAUUACAAUGUAACUCAAUCUGAUGGUAUCUACAACGAACAAUCAGGAACCAUAGAAAAUCAGGGUACAGAUGAAGAAAGUUCCAGAGUAGUGGGUUAUUACGCAUAUCCAGGUUCCGAUGGUAUAAUGUAUUACGUUGAGUAUAUAGCUGAUAAAGAUGGAUUCAGAGUAGCUGGAGAUCAUAUACCUCGAUCCGCCAAUGUAGGAAGAGUCGGACAACUUGGAAUUCCAUCAGCGGCGAUAGCUUCUCUUGCUGGAGGUGGAUUAGGUUAAUUUUAAUGUUGAUAUGUGAUUGUUACUUUUUACCAACAUUAUGUCAGAUUAGAUAUUUGAUAAAUAUUUAAUAAUGGGUAACAUUCAAAAAUAAUAAAAUACUUCA